AUGAACCCCGCUCUGCCCCUCCAUAAGUGUUGCAGACACUGGGAAUCCUACUACGCCCGCACGCUAGCCCACAUCUCGCACGAAGCUCCUAGGAAUAACCCCAAUGCCAAUGAAGACCAGAAUGAUGACGAUGUUGCAUCAACCUCCGACCUAAAUGAAGAAGAUGACCCAGGCACAUCCUGGUUCUCAGAACACAACGCCCCGCAAAAAGUCCUCCACUUUCUCACGCGCAAGUCCUUUCCCUUGUCACCGCGCAACACAGCACACAAAGGCUCCCACCAGCCAAGUGUUCUAGAUCUUGGUACGGGGAAUGGGAGUAUGCUUGCGCUACUUAAGAAGAAAGGCGGGUAUAAAGGGCGUCUUGUUGGCGUUGAUUACUCGCGUCAGAGUAUUGAGCUUGCGAGGGAGUUGCAGCGUGUGAGAGGACAUUCGGCUUAUCGGAGUGACUCUGAGGAUGAGGAUGAAUCUGAUGAUGAAGAGGAAGUAGAGGGGGAGGCCGAGGCCGAGACAGAGGCUGGAUCCAAUGACUUGCCGGAACAAGAAACAUCUAUCCAGUUCGAGGAGUGGGAUAUCCUCAGCUCGAAGGCUCUUCUUUCUGAGACGGGUCUCGGGAUAUCACCUUCCUCGGAGGAAACACUCCCCUGGUUCCCCUACAAUGAAGGCGGCUUCGACAUCGUGCUCGACAAGGGGACAUUUGACGCUGUCUCGCUAGCCGAUGAUGCAAAGACCACCCGUGUCUGCGAGAGAUACCCUGAUAUCGCACGGCGCUUAGUGCGGCGUGGAGGGUUCCUGAUUGUUACUACCUGCAACUGGACUGAGGAAGAGCUGGUGCAUUGGUUCACUGGUGGCCGGACGAGUGGGGAUCGGUUGGCGGUUUGGGGCCGUGUUGAGUAUCCUCGGUUCCGGUUUGGAGGACAUGAGGGGCAAGGUGUUUGUACGGUGUGUUUCCAGAGGCUUGGGGAUGAUUGA